AUACGAUGCCUGGCAAAAAGAAGAAUCCGGUGCUACCAAAACUGCCAAAUCUAAGGAUAAGCCUCCACCACCUACAUACAAACCUCAUGCCAUGCAAACGCUGAGAAAUAGAAAAUCGUCAAAAUAUCAGUACGAAGGGAAAUCACGCAGAAAACGUAUUGCUGAAGAUGGUACGAAGAGUUUGGAACUGCUGAGAGGAGUCUGCACAAUCACAAAGCCUAACAGAACAGUGAUUGACUCGAACACUUUGAGACUGCAUUCAAACAGCACAGUGGUAUUACUGAUUACAUUUUCAAUUGCCGUCACCACAAGGCAAGGUAUUCCGGAGGAUAUAUUGAACUCAUAUUGCUGGAUACAUUCGACAUAUAUAAUAAUUGAGUCCGUGAAAGAGGCGAAACAGUGGGGUCAUUACCCGGGAGUUCACUACACGGGGAAAAGUUCAGUCAGACUCACCAAGUACUACCAGUGGGUCGCAUUCUUCCUGUUGUUCCAGAAAUUCUAA